UUUUCAGGGGACCUGUGACGAAAACAUAACAAAGGCGAGAGAAACCUUUAGAACAACCAUGUCAAAAGAGGGGGACAGAGCUGCUGUGUUCCGUACCACCAAAGUACGGACCAAGCUGAAGGGGGACGCCAGCUGGAUGCAGAACCGCAGUGAACCUGAGAAUGUGAGCGUGGAAGAGAAGCCAUGGAUGGCAGAAGUGAGAGCUGGCCGUGUGGAUGGGGCUCCUAUUGAGACAAGUCCAGUGUCCUCACCAGUGAAAUCCACUCCGUCACCCGUCAAGUCUGACACUGAAAGGUAA